AUGGUGGCACAUAAGUGGCAUAACGAACCGGUCUAUAAGAAUAAAACGUGGUCGGAUUUAACACAUUUCCCUCUUGAUGAAAUCAAUAAGUUAGAAAUUGCAUUUAUAGAAUCUUUAAAUUACAAGAUUCAUAUUGGAGGGGACAAAUAUAAUUUUUGGUUAAAAUGUUUGAGAGAAUAUGCCAAGACAGGAAAACUCAUUUCACUAUUUGUUGAACGAUUCAACAAAAACUCUACUCGAUCUCCCCCACCACCACCAGGGUUUGGUUUUUCUAUAAAAUCUAAAAUUAUUCCUACUCCAAUAGGAUAUGAACGAAAUCGAUAUAGAUUAUAUAACUUAUUUGACGGAAUUGAAGUUGAUUUUUUUAAACAAACCCAAUAUAGAUUAUAUAAUUUAUAUGACGGAUUUAAACUUGAUUUCUUUAAUUAA